UGUCUUUACCUUAUUAAUAAUUGAUCAUUUUCUGACACUGUUCACCACUAUUACAUAAUGACUGCUUAUUACUGAACAAACAAUUUGGUUCUAUUAUCACACCAUGAAUAUUAGAGAGAACAAAGAUAAAAGGUAACGUUUCCUUGAAUAAUUUAUUCGGGAAAAUAGCUUAACAAACGGAUAGACACAGAUUUCAGCUUUGUAUUAUAAACACAGCUGAGAUUUUGCUGGUAAAAAAGAAGAAAUUGUUUGUAAUUCACUGAUUUUUAAAGUGAGAAUAAAUUGUUUAUAAUUUAAUCAGAAGAGGAAGAAAUUUUAGAUCAUUAAAUGGAAAAGUUGUAAAGGGUUCUGUUUUUCGUAAAAUAUAGUGAUAUUGAGAGUAAAGAUUUUUAUUUAAUUUUUUAUGCCUACUGCAGUUUUUGUAUGUGAUGCAUAAAGUGUAUUUAAGUUUAAGUUAAAAAGUUAAGUUUAAUUUUUAUUAUUUCAGAAGUUUUAAGGGAUACCAAUACUGGGAAUUCUGAAGUUAUUUAAGAAAAUCAAAAUUUGAUGGCUUGUACAUCGGUGUAAGCAGAAGAAUGAUCAACAUAACCAACUGCAACAUACACCAUCAGUACAGAAUGUGCAGCAAGGAAUCAUUUUUCUCAGGAAACCACACGUUUAAUGUGGAAAAGGAUUGCAGUGUUGCUGGUCUGUAUGUGAUUAUCAUGACCACAUUUCUCACCAUCAUUAUAACUGUGUUUGGUAACAUCCUUGUUCCAUUCAUUGUGAUUGGAAAUCGUUCGUAUUGGAAUCCAUACGGGAUCUGCCGCCUCUGGAUCUCCGUGUGUGAUCUCAUCAUAGGACUUACUUAUCUUCCUCUAAGAGCAAUGGUGAUGAUACAAAUCCUCUUCACACAGCAUCAUUUUACAGAAGAGCAAAUCGGAACAACUCUCACAGUACUUCGGGAGCACCAUUCAGAGUUGCAAUCCAACAGAACAACAAACAUCAACCUGGAGAUUAUUUUCAAAACAUAUGAACUUGAAAAUUGGUACCUUGUGGUUGGAAUGAGCUGUUUGUUGGCAACUUAUAUUCUUGUUGUCCCUUGGUUUCUUUUCGUGAUGUCAGCAGACAGAUACACAGCUAUUGUGCACCCAUAUAAAUACCAGCAAUGGUACAGUACACGGAAAAUGCAAAUUGUUCUUUUUGCUGUUGCCACCAUUUCAAUAUUUGGAGGAACAGCAUGGCCUUUGAUAAACAUCAAGGUGUUUUAUCCAAGUGUGAAUAACAGGUUUGGACUUGGACCAAUGUUUCUAUUAGGACAGCACACCUUUGAAAACUCCAGAGAAUUGUUGCUGUAUCACCUGCUGUGGGCUCUUCCACUGUUUGCAGUUCUUGGCUUUAAUGUAUACACAGCCUACUACUGCAUGUUUGCAAUGUCAAAGAGCCAUCGGCACAGAAGACAAAGCAGCCAGAGUGAAUCAAGUACACAAGGUGAAGUCCAAGUUUAAACAUUACUUGACUCCCGACCAAUAUUGACUUACUUUUGAAACUACUAAUUCAAUAUUGUAAUCUAUUGUGCAAUAGCUCUUGAUUAAAUAUUACGCAAA